AUGGAUCCUCUCCGAGACCGGCCUUCCCACCCAGAGACCACAUCGGCUGCAAGUGGAGAUUGUGAAGUCUCGUGGCAUGUGUGCCCAGGGGAGCUCUUUUCCAACGUCGCUGAGGGAGGCAGAAACACUCUCUACAACGAUGACAAGGAUUCCUUCUGCACUAUCAGAAACACACUCGAGGCUCAUCCGGGCACAAGUGUGAACGGUGCUUGGCAGGGAUCCGUCCGCAGAUCCUCUUUUCCCGCACUGACGCUCGCCGAUACCCCGAGUAUGCUGUGUUCCGGCCUCACGUCACCGUCGGUUCACGGCAAAAUGCCUCACGGCGGCGUUCCCCGCGUUCACCUCGACGCGCCGAAGAACUUGCAGAUCCUCGAUGGCCAAACGGAGGAAAUCCAGGCUUUCCUGGAGCUGCUUCUUGCCUUUGCUGCCGCCCUGGUUUCUGCCCUCGAAGAACCAGGGCAUGAAGCGAGCGAAGGUGAUUUUUCCUCGUUCCCGUCCGUUGCAGUUCUUCAACUGUUUGGAGCCGCGGUAUCGGGGCCGACCGACGUUUCCGGUGGCCGAGACGCACACGCCCAAGAAGGGAAACCUUCCUCUCGAGGCUCGGAGGCUCCAGUCCCAGGAGGAAACUCCAGUGGCGAUGCGUGCUCGUCGCCCGUACUCCGGGCUGCGUCACUGCUGAGUGAGCUGCAUCAAGCCUUUGUGCACCUCGUGGCGGAUUCCUCGACUUCUUCGGCUCAGCUGCAAGCAAGGGCGAUUGUGCCGCCGAACGAAGCAGCUGGUCCCCGAGACGUUUGGGCGGAGCCGGAAGAGGGAAGGCAUGCCCACUGCGUUAUGCAUCAUCCCAGAGGGCGCGUGCUGGUCCAGAGAGAAACGGAACUUUAUCGAGAGGCGCACGAUCUGGACCGCCAGUGGGAACUCGGAAUGCAAUUUUCUGAUGAAUCAAGUGGCGAUUCCGGCACCGACACCGCAACCGAUCAUGAUGGGGAAGCAGAAGCGUCGGCCAGAGCUGGUUCCGGCAGCCUGGCCGGCUCUGCUCACGCCGACGCCUGCGUUCACACCGGCUCUGGUGUGCACGCACGCCGAGACGAGCUGCUGUCGAGACAGGAAAACGAAGGAUCAUGCGGUGCGCGGGACGCGAGCUCGAGAAGCGCUGGAAGCGACUUGGGGGCUGAAAACGCCCCGAAGAAAGCAGAAGCCCCAACGGCGUUUCGGUCGAGAGCAAAGCGGCUUCUUCGUGGGCAACGGCGGAAAAGGCGUCAUGAACGGAGAGUUCUCGGCCAGCUCGCUCGGGCAGUUUCGCUCUGCUGCGCAUUGCGGAGCAGCCCGACUGCCUUCUCUGCCUUCCUUCUUCUCGUUCUGUCGUCGCCGGCCGACUACCAAGACUCUCUUUUCCAUGCGCUGGCGUCUUGGUGGAGACUCUGCGACCAGGCAGAGCCUGUCGCCGUCCUAGCGGACGCGAAGGAUUCGGCUGCAGCUCUAGCCGUAACGGAGGCACUGGAAAGCGUGGGUGAGGCGAGAGACUUACUGCUGGCGCACGCCUCUUUUGCCAGGUGCCCCGCGCCCCGAACCAGAGGCGACGAGGCAGAGGCGGCUGAAGUAGGCCGCACCGGAGCGAGGAACGUAGGCGAAGCAAGCCGCGGACAGGAGCGGGAACGUGAGGCGAGGCAGGGUCGAGAGACAACGGAUCAGUCCGUAGGCGAGGAAGACGGCGAGCGAGGCACACUUGAGUCGGCGAUGCAUCGAAGAUGCAGCUGCUGUCCUUUUGCCUCGCUCAGUCGUGCAGAAUGUGUCGAAUAUGUCCGAGGCUUCCUUGCAAGCUUGAUCCCGUUCCUCCUGUGGAUGUACACGUCGCGGUGUCUCCUGCCUGCUCACAAACUCUGCAUGCUUCACAACUUCCUCGCUGGUCUUGAGGCUUCUCGUCUUUUUUCUCACUCUGCGCAACCGCCAGGGCGUGGAGGUAGUGCAGCUGAGCCCCGAAGGCCAGGCGUUUCGUUGUCGGCAGUCGAAACGGCAAUUCAGUCUCCGCUGUUCCUCUCCGACCCGCCCGACAAUCUCUCAGGUCUCGAAGACUUCCUCCUCCUGCUGGCGGCGGCGCCUUCCCCGCUGGCUUCUGCCGGAACGGCACAGCCAGUUUCGUCGGCAAAACGGUCCGGCGAAGCAGCAGUCUCCCCGCUCGCUUCCGGGCUCCCCGUGGUGUCUCUGGGUGCCGCAGUGUCGGCCACAGCCCCCCACGCCAUUCUGAAUCUUCCCGCGUCCGGAGCUGCCGACUUUGGACAACUCCUUCUUUCCUCUUCGCUUGCGGCGUCCGGGGCAGCCGCUGCGACGGGUAGCUGUCGUCUGCGUGCGGCGCUUUUCCCCUGGGCGGCGCCUGACACACUCGAGGAUCUCUCCCAGGGGUGCCUUUUCGAGACUUCCACCAAUUCGACCGCCCUGUCGACUCCUUUCUCCUCGGUCAAUUCAGCUGCAGCGCGAGCAGCGGCUGCUGAAGUCUUUUCUGCUCAACAGCAGGCGAGUGACGACUUUGUUCAGGUCCUCACUGGAAGGUGGCAGCGAUCCCAACAGCUGCACCAAACGCACAACAAAGCGGAUCUCGAUAUUCAGAGAAUGGCAGACGAAACGGGAAGCUGGGGUUUUGCAGGACUAGGCGAAAACAAAGUCCAUCAAGACCGCGACGCCGCAGAAGGGAAGCGACCGUGCAUCGUGCAUGACGUGCAGCAUGCACAAGCAGGUCACGUUCCUGGCGCACGUUUGAGUCUUGACGCUGGCAACGCUGCAGCAGGACACCCGCUGGGCUCCCUUCUAUCCGACAGAGACCAGGAAGGGGGAGAGAAGGGAGGAGUGUCUCAAGGCGGAGAAGAGACUGUGGGGGCCAUAGGGAGAGGCGACUUGCGAGGUGGAGAAGAGACAAAGAUAAUCGGUAGCGACACUCCCUUCCACCUUGACUCAGAGGAACUCCCAGAAUCGAGGACUUCACAGCGGACAGGCGACGACAACGAUAAAAGGCUGGUCCUUCUACGAGGCGCAGUUGGGCCCCCUCUGGCGCGCAUCACCGCAGAGAGGCAGCAGGAACUUUUGGCGCGUUGCCUUGCCACCUUUUCGUUUUAUUCAGGGGUCUGUUCAGCUGUAGAAGAACGCGUGAUGGACGGCUUUCUUACCGCAGAUGGCCACGGAAACACGGAAAAUGACGUAUGUCAGAUUCGAAGUCCGUCGCGUGGAGGUCUUGGCGGCUCGACGUUGGAUGUCAAGGAACGUUCAGCCAGCGGGUCUGGGCGAGAAAUCGACUCCGACGCCGAGCCGGGAAAAUGGGACAACGUCGCCCUGGACGAAGGCGCUCUGAACGUGGCUGCAUUGGCUAGCCAGCGCGAAGAAGACAUCUUCCUUAGCGUACAAGAACACGUAGAUUUCGUGGCAGCGGCGUUCCUCUCUUCUAUUGCGCAGUACGAUGUCUUCGAAUCCGUCAGCCUCCACCACGCUCUGCCUCAGCCUCUUCUGCCCCUUCUCCUUCAGGAGACGCGACAGCCUACAGAAGAUCAUCUCAUGCCUAAUGGCGCGUUUCGCGACAGCACAGACACUGGCAUCGCAGAGGCGGAGCGGAGGCGCAUUUCGCCGUCGCCAGAGUUCUCUGCUGGGUGUCCGUGCGCAGCGUGCCGUCAGUCAGUCUUGGCGCUCAGCGCUUAUGUGGAUACUGCAGACGAUGGGGAGCCCGAUGGCCGAGGACUAGGAGAGCCCGGGGACUGCCCAGGCGAAUCCGAAGAAGCGAAGAUUCGCACCAGCCGUAUCAUUGAAGCAGCCCUCUAUGGAGACUCGGGUGUCCCUGCGAAAUCCCAGUCUGACGUUUUGAACAGUUCCGCGUCUCCGUCCACGAACCUUCUGUCAACCGACAACCAGAUGUCUGGCCUUCACCGCCGACAGCAGCUGAGCCGCAACUCGGCGCUGUGCACGCGAGACGAGCUGUUGGAGCAGUCCGUUGAUCCGUGGCGUACGGGGCGAGUGAGAAUGCCUGUGAGCGAGUUUUUAAUGCUUCAAAUCGGAGGCACACUGGGACGUCUUCUGUUCCGGAGUGAACAGAGGAUAGCAGCGGCGAGAGCCAGUGCCGGCAACAGCUUUGCAUGGAGGUCAUGCCUGGGGGGGGAGAGGCGGCGGAGUGCGAAUUCCGAAGCCAUUCAAAGUGGUGUCUCUCUGCGUGAUGCACACGACGACUUGGGCGAGAGCAAAUGGUGGCAGGAUGUCGUACGCCCCGCGAUCCGAGAACAGCGGCUUUUAGUGGAGGAUCUUUUCCUCGACAAGAUAAAAGGCGUCUUUGACAUGCUGAUGGGAGAUGCUGGUGCUCGUGCCGACAAGGAACAAAUGAUGGAAGCAAACCGACAGUCGGAGAACGAAGAGGCUGUGCCGAGCUGGGCGUGGAUGUCUAUCCCAUCUGUCCUCCACGUGUUGCCGGUGAAGGAUGUAGCGGGCCUCGUCCCACUGGCAUAG